AUGGCUUCUACGAAACGCCAUUUUCCAUGCGAAGAAGAGGAACGAUCAACUCAUCAAAAGAAAGCAAAACAACAAGUUGCGUUGGAACCACUUUCCAUGUCAUCGCCUGUUCUCAAUUCUGCUGAUUGUGACUUAGAUUUCAAUAUUGAAUGCAAUGGACUUGUUGGAUAUGGCCUUCAUGAGGAAGGCUUUGCUUACUGUUGGUCUGGUGCUCGAGCUAAUGUUGGAAUAACAAAUGGUAGAUAUUGUUUUGGUUGCACUGUUGUUUCUGCUCAACCCGUUGAUAUCGAUGAUACUCCCUCUGAUCAGCGACAUCUUUGUCGUCUUGGUAUUUCUAGAGGUGAUGAUGCCGUUGGAGUUCUUGGUGAAACUAAACACAGCUUUGGUUAUGGAGGCACUGGAAAGUUUUCUAAUGCUGGGAAGUUUUUGAAUUUUGGUGAUAAGUUUGGGGUUGGUGAUACAAUUGUUUGUUGUGUUGAUCUUGAGAGUAAACCACUUGCUUCUAUUGGUUUCUCUAAAAACGGCAAAUGGUUGGGUACUGCAUUUCAAUUUGAUGUCGGUUCACUUGGUCUUGGAGUUGAUUCUUCUUAUUCAAAGAUUUCGCCUUGGGAGUGGGCACUUUUUCCGCAUGCUCUGUUGAAAAAUGUUGUAGUUCAGAUGCAGUUUAGUGUUGAACAAGGACUAGUUCCGCAAGAAGGGUUCAGACCUUGGGCCAUGGCAGUUGCAAAUGGAAAUGCGGUUAUGGGACCUUCAUUUUCUAACCCAAAGGAUUGUGAAUUGAUGAUGAUGGUGGGAUUACCUGCUUCAGGAAAGACUACAUGGGCUGAAAAAUGGGUGAAAGAUCACCCUGAGAAGCGUUAUGUUUUACUUGGUACAAACUUAAUUCUUGAACAGAUGAAGGUUCCUGGACUGUUGCGGAAAAACAACUAUGGUGAAAGGUUUGAUCGUUUGAUGGACAAGGCAAGUAAAAUGUUCAAUGUAAUUUUGUCUAGGGCGGCUAACAUACCUCGCAAUUAUAUAAUCGAUCAGACAAAUGUGUAUAAAAAUGCACGCAAGCGUAAGCUUACACCAUUUGUUGACUAUCAAAAGGUUGCUGUUGUCGUGUUCCCAAAGCCAGAAGAGCUCAAAAGUCGUUCUGAAAAAAGAUUUAAAGAAAUGGGCAAAGAAGUUCCAGUUGAUGCUUUGAAUAACAUGAUAGCUAAUUAUGUUCUACCUCGAAGCAAGGAUUUGCCAUAUUCAGAUGAAUAUUUUGAUCAGGUUUUGUUUGUUGAAUUGAAUCGAGAUGCGUCUCAGAAAUAUUUGGAUCAGAUGAAGAAAGAUACUCCGUCUCUAUCUAAUAACAACCCGCCAACAUUAUCGCGCCGAGGUUCUUCUCAGUCUUCUUCCGAACCUGCAUUGCAAAAUAAAGGAACUUCAAUAGGAAGUGGCAUUCACCAGUGGAGAGCUCAUUCUCCCAUCUCUCAAAUCAACUAUAGGAUGCCUAAUCAAGUCGAAGCACAUGGUCAUAUGAAUCCAUUGUCUGGAGGAUAUCCAAGCAAUCAAAUUUCACACGUUGCAAGAUCACCUUAUCCUUAUGGAUUUUAUUCCAAUGACGAAGCAUCUUAUUUUCCUAGAGAUAAUGUUGGUUCCAAGCGAAGUUAUGGCAACGUCGAAGCAUACGAAAACCGUGUUCUGGGUAGCCAGUAUAGGCCAAGCACUAUAGGGAACAACAAUGUUGGUUUUCAUGGAAGACCUUAUGUUGAAUACAGAGAUUCACAGCCUUACAAUUAUAGUACAUAUGAAAGACCUUGUGUUGAAUACAGAGAUUUUCAAUCUAACUUGCAUACACCUGCAAUAGCCACAUCUUUGCUUCCUCCGUACGGGGAGCCGACUCUAAGACCUCGACAUGGUGGAUUACCUAAUAACAUGCAAUGUUCAGGGAGAUAUACUUCUCAGUAUCCAAAUUACUAUCACUGAAAUUGAUCAGACAAUGUUAUUGUGUGAUAUGGAUGCACAAAGAUCUCGGAAUUCAAAGUUUAGAGAGGAUACAAUUGUUCAAAUAUUUGUUGGUUCUGCCAUUUCGGAUGAACCAAAGACCCCACAGUCAACAUGAAGGAAG